AUGUCAGCAAGCGCUUUGGAGGUAUCUAUCAGACCUGAUACGACCCCUCAAGCCCUCUCGUCACUUUUGGGCGUCGCCAUUCGGAUGGCGCAACGUAUGGGCAUCCACAGUGAGGCGACUCUAGCCAAAUGCACUCCAUUCGAGGCAGAGAUGCGCCGCAGACUAUGGUGGUCACUAAUAUUGUUCGAUACGCGGAUUUCUGAACUCACGAGCUCCAAUAUUGCUACACUUGAUCCAACUUGGGACUGCGGAAUCCCUCUCAAUGUCAACGAUGGCGACCUCCGGCUAGACAUGAAGACGCCCCUAGUCACGCGCAAACAGCCGACGGACGCUGUCUUCGCAGUCGUAAGGAGCGAACUGGGAGACUAUCUUCGGCAUGCUGCGUUCCACCUUCACAUUGACAACUCUGCUUUGAAAUCUCUUGCGAAGCGGUUUGACGAAAAUCUUACUCUAAAAAGUGACGCUCUCGUCAAACUAGGCGACAAGAUUGAGGAUCGGUACCUCAAGCUCUGCGAUGAGGAAAACCCGACACACUUCAUGGCGACCUGGACGGCACGAGGGUCGCUUGCGAAGUACCACCUAAUGGAACAUAACGUAAGGCUCGCCAGCUCAUCCACGCAACGAGUAGAGGCACAGUACAACGCGGCUACGUUCCACGCACUCAGAAUGCUUGAAUGUGACACGAAAAUAAUGACUUCGCACCUCACGAAAGGAUUCGCCUGGUUGCACCAGAUCAACUUCCCCUUCCCAGCAUACUAUCAGAUCACUCAAGAUCUGCGACGGCGACCGACCAGCGAGCAAGCCCUGCACACUUGGGACGUCAUGAGCCGCAACUGGGAGGCAUGGUUCAACGUUCAUUUCGGCACGGCUAGUCCCAUCUUCCAGCUCUUCAAUAACCUUAUCCUGCAUGCGUGGGAAGCUUAUGAAUCAGCUGCGAAGCCAGCAGCACAGGUUUUCACAGUACCGAGAAUUGUAUCAUCCAUUAGAGAUGCGCUCGCGCUGGGAGGGUCGUCGCGAAAUGCACCUAAUCUGGAAAUGGAAGUAGCGGCCUUAGACGGGGGCUUGGACGCGGAUGGAUCCUUGAGCGCGAUGCAGAUGCCCACUGCCCUGCUCGACCAUACACUCGCCUUUGACUUGGGCUUGCAAGGUGAUAACACAUGGACGCCGCCAGAAAUGAGCUUCGUCUCUGAUAUACCGGGACGGGAUCCUAUGGGCCCUCCAAUUGAUCACGUAGACUGGAAGGCAUUUGGUGGACCACGUGGGUGGUGA